AUGGCGAAAUAUGAUUUGUUCUUCCUUCUUCCCACACGAAGACGAAUUCCAUUGUCAACAGCCUUCUCCUUUUGCCUCAAAAAGAUUGAUGAUCUAGUAGUCCCCGCUUUUGGAGACUCCAUGAAUGAGGCCAAGCAUAAUCAUGACACAAGAGAUCAUGAAUAUCAUGCAGUCUCAUUCGAGUACAGGAAUGCACAACUUGUGCAGUCCGCAUCCAUGAACAAAGCCUGGCUAUAUAGAUCUUUGAGAUCUCAAAUUCAAGUGACCUCAGAGCAUAAACUGCAACCACAAACAGGUCACACUCAAUCAAAUAACAGGGUUCCCACUCAACACAUUCAAGAAAUGGCAUCUACCUUAGACUCAUAUGCUGGUAGGGCAUUGCGUAUCAUGCCAGAAAAUUCAUCAAAAUCUCCAAUUCUAUCCUCUGCUUUGUUGAAGGAACUAUUUGCAGUUGGCUCAGCAGAUACUUGA